ACUACGGAAGCCCGAGGGUCUCACGGCGGGGCGCCGUGGAGCCAAAGGGCAAGCCCGCCUGGCCGGCCCGCCGACCCUCGGAUUGGCACCCGCGGCCAGGGCCUUGCGCGCCCAUUGGCUCUCGGUGGCGGUGGGCUUCCACCGGAGAGGCAGGGGCUUGUGGGGGGCGGGGUAAGAGGCGGUGACUGGCGUGUCCGUAGGCCCCGCCUCUUCCGCUUCUCCGGCCUGACCUUCCUCCUCCUGGGCCGUGUGACAGCCGACAUUGCGGUUUCCUCGCGAUUCGGUCCGACGCACCCCCCCCUUCGCGACAUCAUGGUGGCCUACUGGCGACAGGCUGGACUCAGCUACAUUCGAUACUCCCAGAUCUGUGCAAAAGCAGUGAGGGAUGCCCUGAAGACAGAAUUCAAAGCAAAUGCAGAGAAGACUUCUGGCAGCAGCAUAAAAAUUGUGAAAGUCAAAAAAGAAUAAUCAACCCUGACUAGAGCUUGAAAUGCUACAUUUUCACCCUGAAGAUGUAUGGGCACAUGUUAUGGUAGAUUGUAAUCAAUGUCAUUUUGUGAGGGGAAAAAGUACCUAUCUUAUUCAUCCAUUAAUGAUACCAAUAAACUGAUGUAUGGUUUACUGUUA